AGCUGCAGUGGUUCUACUUGAUCAUAGUCAAGAACCUGCUCGUUAGCCAAACGAAGCUGCUGUGGAGACAAAGAAUAUUUUUUCGCGUAUCAUGACGAAAGACUUCAACUCGACGCUGCAGAGGACGUCUUCCCUUUCAAGAUGACUGUCUCUCUUUUCUCGUCUUAUUUGGCAUUUUCUUAUUUUGCCACGUUAGGCCUCGUUCUUGGUCAAGUAGAACUUGUACAUUCGAUCCCGCCAGUACAGGCUCAACGUCUACCUUCAGCCGAACGAACGCUCUUUCCGGACUAUGACUGCCGUAGACCACCACCUCCGGAUGGAGAUGAAGCAACUACCACUACAGAAGGAGGAGCCCUGUGGGACCAGUGGAGAAGAGCGAUUCGGAACCAAGCAACCUGGCUAAACGAAGAGAAUGUGGCUUACCAAUCCAGGGUGAUGAAUUUCUACGUGCAGAAGAAGGAAGAAGGGAAGAAGAACCUCAAUCCUCGAGAUGCGAAUUACUACUAUCAUCAUCAUGUAGAAGCCUUGAUGGACGAAGACUGUGCAGUAGGGAGUGUCUAUUCUAGCGUCAUCAUCAUGCUCAAGUGCUGGCACGAAGGCGACGCCUGCUAUCACGAACACGAACGCAUUGUUUAUGGGAAUUAGAGAAAUAUAUUUUCUUUUAAUAACUUGCAGAUUUUCAUUUUUUGCUUUUUUCUCUUAGCUGCUUAGGCGCAUUUCUCAGUACUAUAAGCUCCACUAUCCAGAUGUGCGACUACAUGAUCACCCUAAGCCCUCUGUCUCCUAAUUAAGUUUUUGAGACAAUACCUCGUGCUAGGUAAAUGAAUGAAUGAAUGAAUCUCUAAUCCAGGCAGGAAAAAUUCCCUCCCUUCCAAACCCUCAUCGGCACAGAAUGGCCGAUCUUGGAGACCAUAGCAGAGACGGACUGGACUGAUACGCCAGCCAGAGACGAUGUGAAGAUUACAUGCGACUACGGGCAAUCGGAAAGGACUGUAAUCGACUGGUCUGCAUUCCGGAACGUAUUUCGAAGAGGUGCUAUAAUAAACAGCUGUAUAAAUAAUGAUCCCAAUUAUAAUUUUUCACGUUCUUUAUGAGUCGAAGUGGACUUCUGCAGCAAGGAAGUUCUUCUGCUUUUGAAUUUUUAUCUAGUAGUACAUAGAAUUACAACUCCUGCUGAUGUAUUAUGUAAGCAACAAAACAGCUUAUUUUCGACCAUCCUGACGAUUGGUAUGAUCGCGCUGUCCGAGUAGCCUACGGUCAUGAGAUCGAGCAAAACCAAGGCCAAGCGGCGCAUGAAUGCCCUCUGGGAUUCCUCAUGGCGAACGUCGUGAAAGCACUGAUUUGCGCUUCUACUGAGAGCAUUUGCUUUCAUGCACAUGCAGGCGCUAUCGACCACGUGCUGCGGGCUAUGUCUUUCCACGCGAUCUUUGGAGGAGGGUGGCCUUUGGCGACGUUGUUGGUCCAUGUGAGGCGAACAGUAAAACGGCACAACUUUGCAUUGGAGUUUGAACCGGAAGAACUCAUGAACCACGGAACUAGUGCUAGUAGUCAGACGAUGAGGAAUCUAGUCGAAGCUAUUGGAGGAAGUCUUGCGCAGACGGAGCUGAUCAUGGAUCUGAAAUUAUCUUCAGAUCAUGUAUUAAAAAAGCGUGCUGCAGAGGAACCUUCUUCACGACCAGUUGUGACAACGAUGGUCUACGGUGUCAAGUUUGUGAAGUACGUUGAGGCUUUUCUGCGCAGGGUAGUUGCAGUUGGUAUUCCGAGAUUCGUCCUGUGGUGUCUCGAUGAGGGUGCGCUUAACGCUUGUUCGCAAGUUUCCACCAAGAUCAAGACGCCUUCUAGUGCCGCAUCAGAUUCAGAAACAAGUACAACAACUUCAUCUUCGAGUAGAAUUUAUUGCGUCCGAGGUUACCAGCACUCAAUACUGAACAAAUUCGCUUUUCCUCUGGUGCUCUUGAACCGGUUGAAAACUGAUGUCCUGUGGAUCGAUUUCGACGUUUUCCUGUUCCGUAACCCGCUUACUGCGCCGUCGUUAACUGGAUUCAGCAGUACCCCAGUCUCACAUGAAGUGGAGCACCAACAUGAGCUGCAGCACAAACACAAGAAAGAGGACCACGCUGAUGAUUUUGAUAUUGCGAUAUCUGGGUCCUUCCUGACCGAUUGUGUCACUUCUGGUGUCGUGUACUUCCGCAAUCGAGAUCGCGUCAAGUACUGGCUGCUAGAGGUACUCUCCUGGAUGUACCAGCAUCCUUACGAACACGAUCAAAAAUGUGUCUCCGCUUUUCUAGGCGCAGGGGAACGGGUCACCUUUCCUGAGCAAAUGCCGAAAAGAGCCUUCUUCAACAAUAGCAUGACGCAGGUUAAUGAUCUUGUGCGAUGGAAAUACUUGGAUCCAGAAACGGAAUUCGUAACUUCUCGCAACGUGCCAGAUGGGGGAUGGUUCCAAAGGGAAGGACGGGAAAUGUACCUUUUUUAAGGCUCACAGUAUGAGGAUCCAACAUGAUCUUGUUCUUCUCCACAGAGUUUGACGGUGUAGGAUUAGAAUCCAAGAAACCAAGAUUGGAACGUCUUCCUUUGGUUUCUUGGAUUCUAAAACUAAUGUGAACUAAGUUCGUCUUCAUAAUCAAAGAUGAAGAAUUAUUGUGAGCUCCUCUAACUUUUCCACUUUCUGCAUGGAGACAGUGAUGCUAGUCUUGGAAGCCGCGGCUGGACCAGAGACGUCUUUGGGUCGGAGUACACGGACUACUUUGAAGUUUUCUACUAUGCGGCUAGUACUUUUACAACUCAAGAGGAAACCGGAGCAGGUGAUACAAGUACAACAAGAACAACGAGAGGACUUACGGAACAUGGAGGCGCAGCUGUGAUGAAGCAUCAACAACAAGAACAAGAAGGUCAUCAAGCUUCUUCGCAAUGGAAGACUCGUGAAGCGCUUGGCUAUGACAUAGACGACUUACAUGGUUGGAGAAAUUCUUUUCGCAUUAAAAAUGGUAUGGCGAGAUCAGAAAGAGACUUGCCACGACCGUACAUCCGCAAGCAAUGUAAUGAAACUGUUCCGAUGAAUUACUAAUACUAAAGAUAAUCUUCAUUAAAUGAAGCACUAGAAACUUCACGCUGAAUCAUGGCACGUAAGUAUUUGAUUUUUACACUAACCUUUCAGUGGCACGACUGUCUCAUCCUCAUGUCC